CGGGGCKUGUCGAGAUAUUGUAAUGAUGCAAAUGAAGGCGAGCGGACGAGGUACACAAAUACAGAGAGAAGACAGAGAGAGAGAGAGAAAGAAAGAGAGAGAGAAGGAGGGAGGGCUCUCCUGUGCCAUCUCUGCGUGGCGGGGGAAGGGGAGGGGAGAGGGAGAAGGCGCUGCCAGGUUUAAGGAGGCUCCCCCCACCAGCCCGACAGCCAGCCAGCCAGCCASCCACCAAACCCACCCGCCCUCCUCUCUUCUCCUCUCCUCUCUUCUCCUCUCCUCUCCUGGCAGCCCUUCUUCCUCGCUCGCUGCCCGCCCCUGGCUCCAGUCCUCCUCCGCGGAAGGGAGAGCAGAGGAAGGAAGAGGAGGAAAGGCCGGGAUCGAGCCCUCCUGCCCCACGGCCAGACCUCCCCGCUGGAACUGGUUUGGGGCGCACGGAGAAGKGGGUAGGAAGAGGAGAAGAGGAGGCGCCAGCAAGGGCCAAAAGGGGACUCAGAGCAAAGGUAUCCCGGGCUCAGCCCUUCCAACGAGGGAAGGCGGUUUCGUCGCGCGUCUGCUUCCCUGCCUCCCUUCGGAGGCCGACCCGCCUCCGCCAUGGAGGUGGCCACGGACCAGCCCCGCUGGAUGGCCCACCACGCCGCCGUGCUGAACGGGCAGCACCCGGAGGCCCACCACCCGGGCCUGGCCCACAACUACAUGGAGCCGGCGCAGCUCCUGCCCCCGGACGAGGUGGACGUCUUCUUCAACCACCUGGACUCCCAGGGCAACCCCUACUACGCCAACUCGGCCCACGCCCGCGCCGCCGCCCGCGUCUCCUACAGCCAGGCCCACGCUCGCCUGACCGGGGGCCAGAUGUGCCGCCCGCACUUGCUUCACAGCCCGGGCCUUCCGUGGCUGGACAGCGGCAAGGCGGCCCUCUCGGCGGCCCACCACCACAACCCCUGGGCGGUGAGCCCCUUCGCUAAGGCGCCUCCGCUCCACCCUUCCGCGGCCGGGGCUCCGCCGGGCUCGGCGCUGUACUCGGGCGGCGGGGCGGGCGGGGGCGGCAACGGCUCCUCUCCGGCCUCGCACGCGGGGCCCCCGCACCUCUUCGGCUUCCCUCCCACGCCACCCAAGGAGGUCUCUCCCGACCCCAACGCCGGGGGAAGCAGCAGCGCCGCCUCGCCCGCCUCGGCCGGCGGAGGAGGAGGAGGGCGGCAGGACGAGAAGGAGCCGGCGCUCAAGUACCAGGUCUCCUUGGCCGAGGGCAUGAAGAUGGAGAGCGCCAGCCCGCUCCGGAGCAGCCUGGCCGCCUCCAUGGGCGCCCAGCCGGCCACCCACCACCCCAUCCCCACCUACCCGCCCUACGUGCCCGCCGCCCACGACUACGGAGGAAGCCUCUUCCACCCGGGAAGCUUCCUCGGCGGGCCCGCCUCCAGCUUCACGCCCAAGCAGCGCAGCAAGGCCCGCUCCUGCUCAGAAGGCAGAGAGUGUGUCAACUGUGGAGCUACUGCCACCCCUCUCUGGAGAAGAGACGGUACUGGGCAUUACCUGUGUAACGCCUGCGGGCUCUACCACAAAAUGAACGGUCAAAACCGACCUCUCAUUAAACCUAAACGAAGGCUGUCGGCAGCUAGGAGAGCAGGAACUUGUUGUGCCAAUUGCCAGACCACCACUACUACCUUAUGGCGGCGUAAUGCAAAUGGAGACCCAGUUUGUAAUGCCUGUGGACUUUACUAUAAAUUGCACAAUGUGAACAGGCCUCUGACCAUGAAGAAGGAAGGAAUUCAGACCAGGAAUAGGAAAAUGUCCAACAAAUCCAAGAAGAGCAAGAAAGGCUCCGAAUGCUUUGAGGAACUAUCCAAGUGCAUGCAGGAGAAGUCCUCUCCAUUCAGUGCGGCCGCCCUUGCCAGCCACAUGGCUCCGAUGGGCCACUUGCCCCCCUUCAGCCAUUCUGGACACAUCCUCCCGACGCCUACCCCCAUCCACCCAUCGUCCAGCAUCUCAUUUGGACAUCCGCAUCCAUCCAGCAUGGUCACCGCCAUGGGAUAGAAUUGGGAGAUCCUCACAAAGACUACAAAAACUGGGCUUUGCCUAAAGGUGACAACAAGGAUUGAUUCUGCCCAGAAGCGAGACAUAGAGGGAAGGAAGGAAGGAAGGAAAAAAGGGAAACCUCAUUCCAGUGUGGUUCAACUCUUAAUGCUAGCCUAAAACUUGGGAAUGAUGGAUCUUCAGCAGAAAUGCUUUUUAAUGGUGCCUGUUAUGCACUUUCCCCCUCAGGUAAAAAGAGAAAGAGGAACUCACCUGUUUGAUAUGUUGCCUGCUCUCGUCCCAGCAGAAAGCAAAGAUGGCUGAAGCAGUAGAAGAAGCUGGAGCCAACUUUCCUUUCUCUUUGUUAAUUACUGUGAAUAUUGUAAAGAGAUUAGCCACCUCCUGAAACAGAGGAAAUGCAGUGGUAGCUACCCGUGCUGGAUUUCUAUCACAAACUUGUGUUCUUGGGGGAGGGAAAAACUUUAUAAAAUCUACUUUUUAAGGAAAUAAAUCAGACACAGAAAAAAAGAAAAA